UUUGUGUGUCUACUGUUAUAGCCUUAAACAGGUUGGACACUAUGAUCGUAUUGCGUUCAAGGAUGCUGACUCAAAAGUGGAUAAUCCUACCAUGGAAUCAGUUCUCUCAUUGGAUGAUGGUAGAUGGUCGCAGCCUACUGAGGAUGCCAGCUCAUUUUAUGAUGAUGUGAGGAAUGAUAAUCUUUCAUCAAAUAUUAUUCAUCAACCUUCUCCCCCUCCUGUCCUUGCCCAAGUGCAACAAGAGUAUCGGCCAAUUUCUCCCUCCAGAGUUGCUGAUCCAAGACCUGGGCCAGUUAAACCCCAGGAUGGGAUGACUGGUUCUAAUGCUUAUCAACAUCUGCAUAUUCCAGUAAGGAUGAUGGAAGAUUUCUUAAGGUUAGCAAAAGCUAAUACAACAAAAAAUUUAGAAACAUGUGGUGUUCUUGCUGGUUCACUGAAGAACAGAGUAUUUCAUAUCACUACCCUUAUAAUUCCAAAGCAAGAAUCAACAUCAGAUUCUUGCCAGACAUUGAAUGAAGAAGAAAUAUUUGAGGUUCAGGACAAACUCUCUCUUUUUCCUCUUGGAUGGAUUCAUACCCAUCCAUCUCAAACAUGUUUUAUGUCAUCAGUUGAUCUGCACACACAUUACUCCUAUCAGAUUAUGUUGCCAGAGGCAAUUGCAAUCGUCAUGGCUCCUACCGAUGAAUCCAGUCCUCAUGGUAUCUUUCAUUUGUCUGAUCCCGGUGGUGUAUCCGUAAUUCGAAACUGUCAACAGCGCGGUUUCCACCCGCAUGAAGAAGCUGAAGAUGGAAGCCCCAUCUAUGAACACUGUUCUCAUGUGUAUAUGAAUGCAAAUUUGAAGUUUGAUGUAGUAGAUCUUCGAUGACUUUGCAAUUUUGUUUAUUAUCUGAAGCUUAGGAGAAACCUUGUACAGCUUGUAUUCGCACAAUAUGCUGUCGGCCCAUACUAUUACAUUUUGUAAAUUUUUUUUUUUUUUGAAACAAGAUUGGUAGAGUGGGGGUAUAAGGGUAUUGAAUUUGUUUUUUCACCAUAUUGUGUUAACAAUACUACUCAGUGGGUCUAUCCUGAAUGCUAUGGGUAUUAAUUUGAGAUUUAA